AUUGUGCAUAACCCCACCUCAACAUUUUGUGUCCGCGGCUCUUGACUGGACUGCAAUCGACUACACUGCAAGAUCUCGGCAUCUCGAUGGCCAACUCGAAGCUGUAAUCACAAUGGCAAACACCUCGGCGUCACCGGGUACGCAUGUCGCCAUGCACCUUCUGUCCCUUGCGCAUCCUUCGACAACUGCCUCCCGCAUCUUCACUGAGAAAGUCAAGCUCCGACCCUUGCAUCUCAAGCCUGGUGAAAACCCCACGCCCUCUGGUCGCGCCUAUCGACGCACACUGCGCCUACAGGCUGCAUCGAAGCUUAAGAAGAAGCGCAAGCCGCAACCAUUGAGUGCGGCCGAGAAGCGCGCAACAUGCCUACACUCGAUUCCCAGCGAUCAACAAAAAUAUGCGAUCUUCGAACCGCUCCACCAGCUAUGGACAGGAUACAUCAAUGAAAUAUUGGGGUCGGGGAGGCCAGUUUCUGGGCCAGUAGCUGCCAAGCUUGCGAGUGCAGAUUAUCAUGGCGCACUUAUCCAGGUAGCACGAAGCCGUUGCACAAGCCGUGUCGGUGUCAAGGGAAUCGUCGUCAAGGAUACCAAGUUUACAUUCGAAAUUAUCACCGAGGAAAACGAGCUGAAGGUUCUGCCAAAAGAGCACACAGUCUUCAGGUUCGAGGUUCGAGAUGAUGCAGAAGCGGAAGAAUCAAGAGACACGCAACUGGAUCAGGCGGCAAAGAAGAGCUUGGUCUUCGAGUUACAUGGGGAUCAGUUCCAACAUCGCGCUGUAGAUAGGGCGAACAAGAAGUUUAAGCAACACUUCCUACCGGAUAUUUGAGGAGAUGGUUUUGUUGAAUUGGGAGAUUAAACAAUACCUCCAGGCAUCCCAGAGUACUGGCCAUACAUAUCGAGCGGUAGCUCUAUAAGCUGGCGCGGCCAUUGGGAGCGAUGGGGCGAAUCUACAAGGCGGUAACUCGCUGUGGUGCGAAAAUGAAGACGCCGUGAAGGCCACUGUCUGAGGCAAGGCUGUGGGUAUGCGGUUCUGCCACGCUGGGCUCGAUGUGGCUGAGAAGGCCCAUACUUUACUCCAAGACGAGAAGUAAAUAUAACCUGAACACAGUGGUAGGCGGUCGCAUCACCAGGUGAUUGGGUUUGAUAUUUAUACAUGCCGGUGACCUCCUACCCUCACGGUGUCCAAAUGUUAUCCAGCGGUUGGUAUUCAUAAGUCUAAUGUAAAGAACAAGAGAAGCGCCCCAGCCGGAUAGUAAGAAACUCGGUGAUUAUUGUGGACUUUGUCCCAUGCUUCCAAAGCUCCUCAUAAUGCAAGGCAUUGGAGCGCAAUAAAUAAAUUCUUACAUAUUUUGAGAGAAAUGAAGAACGUGUUUGUAGCAGUUCUAUAUAUGCC